CGAACUGAGGAACUUAGCUUGGUUCAGUUCAGUGGCUUCCCCCACCCCAGCCAUCGGUCGCAUCGGCGGCUUUCCGACCUGCCUAUUGCGCAAUUCGACCCUGCGAUGCGCAAACCGGCCCCCGCACCCGCCGAAUCCCAUAAAGAUGCCGAUGGUGGGUUGGAAGUUGAGCUUUGAGAAGCUUGGCCUGCUUUGCUUUGCGAUCAUCAGCUGAAACGAAACCCCCAAUCCCGUCGGAGCUUCUCAAACUCUCAACUCACACAACGGCUUUCGUCUCCUCCCGAGUACCUGAGCUUGCUUUAUAACCUGUACACCUAGCUUAUCGCCCAACCCUCCUCUUCUCACUCUUGAGAUGCCACUGAGGCGUUCCUCAUAAAACACCAUCCACAUCAAUGAUCAUGCUCCUCCCGGCGCCGAACAAAACCCUCAAGGGCCACAAGCUCCUCGUCCUCUCCCAGUUCCCGCUGCCACAGGAGUGGCUCGACAGGGUGCACGCCGAGUUCCCCGAUCUGAAGGUGGUGCAUCACGAGCUGGGCUGGGCUGACAGGAAACCGAAGGAGACCUUCAACCACGACGAGUGGAAGGACGUGACUAUCUUGCUGACCGGCAGCGCCCUGCCCGCCGUCGAGGACGCACCGAAGCUGCACUAUGUUCAGCUCCAGAGCGCCGGCGCGAAUCAUAUUCUCAAGGACCCGUUGUUCAAGGAUACGGGUGUGAGCUUUUGUACGGCGAAUGGUGUCCACGGGCCUCAGAUUUCUGAAUGGAUCAUCACAACGUUCCUCUCGUUCCAGCACAACCUUCCUAAAUACAUCGACAACUACCGCUCCGGCCACUGGCAGCGCGGAAACGACUUCGUAGAAGACGCAGUCGGCCGCACAAUAGGCAUCCUCGGCUACGGCAGCAUCGGAAGACAAACCGCCCGCGUCGCCACAGCCCUCGGCUUCAAAGUCCACGCCUACACCCUCCACCCGCGUCCAACCCCCGAAUCCAAGCGCGACGAGUCCUACACGCCCCCCGGGCUCGGCGACCCAGAGGGCAAAUUCCCCUCCAAAUGGUUCUCGGGCGCCUCCAAGGCCGAUUUGCACGCUUUCCUCGGCUCCGGGCUCGAUUUGCUCGUCGUCGCGACGCCGUUGACGGAUAAGACGAGUCAUUUGCUCUCGGCCGAGGAGUUUGGCAUCCUGGCGGAGAAGAAGACGUUUAUCUCGAAUAUCGCGCGGGGUCCGAUUAUUAAUACGGAUGAUUUGAUUACGGCGCUGGACGAGGGGACGAUUCGGGGCGCGGCGCUGGAUGUUACGGAUCCGGAGCCGUUGCCUGAUGGGCAUCCACUUUGGAAGGCGAAGAAUUUGUUGAUUACGCCGCAUAUUAGUGGGUUGUCUACGAGUUAUGGGGAGAGGGUGCUGGGGAUCUUGGAGUUGAAUUUGAAGAGGUUGAGUGAGGGGAAGAAGCUUGCCAAUCUUGUUAACAAGAGGGAGGGAUAUUAGGUCGCGUGUGAGAGGAUGGGCUGUGGACUUCGGUGCGGGCUAGAUAGAGGGCUCAAGUCUGCAAUGAAUUGGUGAAAGCUAGAAGACUGUCACUCAAAGUUGACUCCGUUUAAAGGCAUGCUGUAGUGUGCCGUGUGUUAAAGGAUAUGCGAGCGAAUGACACUGUAUCGUCGCAUACCAUUGAGAGCUGGGU